GACCUGGGCUCCGCCCCCGAGUAGGGACCUACAGGGGACCUACAGCCGGCGCGGCAGCAGCGGCCUGGGGCCACCGGUGUGGACGCCCCUCCGGACCGGGACCGGCGGGGCGCUUCGUGCAGUGCUCGCUGCCCCCAGGGUUCUGAGUGUAGACGCCUCUGCAGGGCCUGACGUUGAGACUGAUGGGUGUCUGAGAAGGAAGAGCCCUGUGAUUUGCCAUGCGUUUGACUCACAUCUGCAGCUCGAUGGCUCCAGGCUGGAAGUAAGAACCCUGCCCAGCACAGCAGAUACUGUUGACUUCCAUUCACAGCCUCACAGUGGGUAGCAGAAGGCAAAGAAUUUAGAUUGGAUACCAGCUGACCAACUUGGUGACCUUAGAAAAGCCACACAGCUUCUCCAGAUCUGGUAUCUUAUAAGAAUGUUGCCUGGAACAUCAGAGAAUUGGAAACCAUCACAUCCGGGGACCAUGCACGACUGUGGUGGGAUAUAAAAAAAGAUAAUUAUGUUCCCAGGAGGUCCCCACGUCUCUGCCAAUCACAGGGCGCACUGAGGGACGCCUCCGCAGGACUUUGUCAUGUGAAGUCUCUGGCUUUCAGUGGACUCUGUUUAGAAAUGCAAAUAAAGAAGAUGAAGGACACUGGGCAGCAGUUGUUUACCCCACAAGUGAAUGGACAUAAUUCCCUGACCAUGUCGCCCAGACAACCUAAUGCUGAUAAUCGAGCGACUCGGCCAGAUAGGCAAGACGCUCAGACUCUCCUGUGUCAAGGCUCGGAGGCAGAGGCUGCCGUACUGACCACCACCGCAUGUGUCAAGUGCAAAAGUGUGCACAAAAUCCCUCUUCAGGACUUGAGAAAGGGCACCGGGCAAGGCCCAAAAGAAGACGGGUACGAAUGCUUCCAGUGCCGCCUUGGUGUGGCUUCUCCUCACUUUCAUUUGGGGGACAGUAAUCCCAGCGCUACUCAUGUGGGAAAUAAAAUGGAAACCAUCUCAAGUCCUGGCAAUCACAAAUUCAAGGUAAGAAACUUUAAACCAGGCAAAUACUAUUGUGACAAGUGUCGCUUCUCCACCAAGGACCCUCUGCAGUACAGGAAGCACACACUUCAGCAUGAAGAGAUUAAAUUCAUUUGUUCUCACUGCAGCUACAUUUCCUACACCAAAGGGGAGUUUCAGAGGCACUUGGUGAAACACACGGGCAUAUUCCCUUACCAGUGUGAGUACUGUGACUAUGGAGCCAUCAGAAACGAUUACAUUGUCAAACACAGGAGGAGAGUUCACGAGAGGGCUGGUGGCAAACGGCCGCCCAAAACUGUUGCCAAGCUGGAGCCCAAGAGAACCAGCACGUCAAAAAACACGGAGCUGUUAAAAGCCUCCGAUUCAAGCCCUGCUUUUCAGAGUAAGUUGUCAGAUCAGCUUUCAAGAUUCUCCCUCCAUACAAGUAAAGACAAAACUCACAAUGUCAGGUCGUUACCUGAAUCAAAGGAACACCAAAAAGAUGUGGUGUGUGUUCCAAAUAAAAUGCCGCUGUUGGAGCCAAAUGAAGUCACUGUGUUCGAGGACAAAAGCGUGGAGGUGGAAGUGCUGUCUCCCGCCAAAGAGCCCGUUCAGCCCGGAAUGCCCUUAACCGUGGUGGCGCCGGCAGAACUGGUGGUCCCCGCAAACUGUUUAGCCCAGUUGAUAGAUGUGAAGGUUGUCAAUGGAACGCAGCAGCUUGUUCUGAAACUGUUUCCUCUGGAAGAAAAUAAUAGCCUUGAAGCUGGUGGGGGUGAUGGAGGGCAUUCUGAACGGAUGGCUAAAGAGAAGAGAUUGAAUGAGCAAGAAACAAUGGUUUCUGCAGGACAAACAAAGUCACUAACGAUCGGAAGGAAUGUUGGACAAUUUGGUGGUGUUGAUAAUCUUCAAUCAUCGGUUCAGAAACAACUUAAAAACGUGAAGUGGAUGAGGUCUUAUGAUUUUUUCAUGUCAAAUUCUAGUGUGCACAGCUACAGAGAGUCCUUUCUCAACUCGGAGAGAGUUGAGUAUUUGCAGAAAAAAAGCCACAUGUAUCCACAUAGAACUACUCUUCCUCCCGUUGCCUUAAAACGUCCUUCGCCAUCAUCUGUAGAUAAGAACAGUGUCUUAUGGGGUCUUGGCACUGCAUCAAAUCCUUUUCCAUAUAAAGCUGCUGUUUCUUUUACUGAAGAUGGAAGAAAUUUACACAGUGAUCCCCAGAGGUUACUUCCUCUUGCUGCAUCGCCUGCAACCAUUUCCUUCUUGGGAGAAAAGGGCUUAUUGCCCAUAAGAAAAAGUGACUUGGGAUCUAGAAGUGAGAUCAGUAUUCCUGUGACAAUGGUUCCGUCUACGAGGAAGGUGAAAGACAGCCAGACAGAGGAAUACAAGGCAGUUUCAACUAUAGGCCAACGUAGAAGUGAGUAUUUACAUAUAAACAUAACGGGAGAAGACAGAAUCAGAUCUCAACAGCCUGGGGAUAAACCUUUGGAAUUAAAGAAUUCUGAAAGGACCAGUGACUCUUUCGAGGGCCCGGUCAUCUCAUCCGUAUUUUCUCUGAGCUCUGGAUCUGAAGACGUCCCUGAAGGCGUGAAGUGGAAUAGUUCAACAUCCAAAAUAAAGUCAAUUGAACUCUUGCGCAGAAAGAUAGCUCAGUUAAUUGAAUCCUGUGGCAAGCCUUCAUCUUUGGCUGCAAAUAACGCACAUCGCCGUUCUGUGGGACAGGCAGCAAAGGUACCUGAGAAAGCUACCCCUGAAGGUGUUCGAGAAAUUAAUGUGUCAUUCACUGGCACUGGCUACCCCCCGGGGACUGUCCCCAAACCUCGGGAUGCGGGUGGUAUUUGUGCACAGCUUACCCACAGUAAGCACACAUAUCCACAGUUUGCAGGAGGCCGCAGUGGGAAAACUGAAAGCCGAGGAACCAGGAAGGCUCAUGUUGCUACUCCAGUGUUGAUCCCCAAGGGGGCAGUAUUGAGGGUCCUUAAUUCCUCCAAGGAUGCCCACGUGAUAGAGGCUACGUGUGGAGCACCCGUCAGCAUCCCUUGCAGUGAGACCCAGUUGAUAAAACCCAUUCCGUUCUGUCCAGCGAAACAGAUAAACUCAGAUUUACAGUCUCUGACAAGUGAAAAUGGGCCAGUAGACAUGUCCCAUAACUUGGACACAACGCUUCGGCCUAAACCAAGAAAAGAGAGUGUGGUUUGUAGCACCACCGCUAAAAAAGCUGGCCCCCUGCAUGGUCUGCAGGGAAGCAGUGAAUUGAGCAAGCAGGGAAAACUGCUGCCCAGAAGUCUUUCUAUAAGUAAAAAUAAAAGCAAACAAGUGAACUCAUCCAAGAAGAAAAGCAAGAUGCAGGCUGAUGCCAGCCGCUUUCUCAAGGACCCUUCGAUUUUUCAGGUUGCAAGGCAGCUCCGGCUGAUAGCAGCCAAACCAGACCAGUUGAUUAAAUGCCCCCGUCGGAACCAGCCCGUCAUAGUGUUAAACCAUCCAGAUGUUGACUCACCAGAAGUGACCAAUGUGAUGAAGGUAAUAAACAAGUACAAAGGCAACGUCCUUAAAGUCGUCUUAUCAGAGAGGACUAGGUGUCAGUUAGGCAUCAGACGGCAUCAUGUUCGGCUGACCUACCAGAACCUGGAGGAAGCCAAUCAAAUAAAAAGACAGAUGAUGUUGAAAAUGAAACUUAAAAAAGUUCAUAAAAACAACUAUCAGGUGGUGGGUUCCUUGCCUGAUGAUGCACAAUGUAUAUUCAAGUGCUGGUUUUGCGGACGGCUGUACGAAGAUCAGGAAGAAUGGAUGAGUCACGGCCAACGACAUUUGAUAGAAGCAACUAGAGAUUGGGAUGUUCUUUCUUCCAGGGGCAAAUGAGCCACAAAUUGGUGUCGGAAGCAAAGUGUUUUUCCUUUAGUGUAUUCUGGUUUGGGUUGGGGUUUUUCCCUGCCCUCCCUGACUCACUAAGAGAAAUACAGAUUGUAGGAAUGGAGGAAGGAUCCUUAGCUCUUCGGACCCCUCGUGGGAAUGAUGGGAACCAGGAAUCCGGCGUGACCUGAGAUGUGUGACUGGAAUUUGGAAGGUGUUUGAAGCCCCUGGAACAAGACACACACAUUUAAUUACAUGCAUUUUUCUGGAGAGAAGUGAAACGUGCAACAGAUUUUCAGUGGGAUCUGAGACUUUUCUUUGUGUGGCACCCCUUUUUCUCAGUAGAUACCAAUCUUUUGUAAUCCAUACAGACCAAAUGUUACUGAAGAAGCAAACCCGUGCUUUGGUGUGCACACCACUUUUUUUGGCGUUGACUCGCCUCCUGAAUAUUUGAUAUAUAAUGGAAAUUAUAUUUUCUAGCGUUACCUUAAAUUUGGUUAUAGAAAAGAGGUCAUUCUUUUCAAUCCCUGACCUCUCCUCUCCCCAAUAAUACUCAUAAGUGUUCUUUAUAGCACAGAGAGCUGUGCGUAUUUGGGGAGCUGUUUUAAAGAAUGAUCCCAAGGGUUUGCCUGGAUUUCUUACUUCAACAGCAGGUGGUAGAAAAGAAAGAAAACGUUUUCAAACUAUUAACGUUCUCUUUAAAUAUCUUAAUUUAUGACAGCUGGGGAGGGAAUGUCUCUUUGCAAAAUCAAAAAAGAAAUGGUCACAAAGGGAAGAUAAUCUAAAAUUAAGUCUCCUGCUUGCCCUUACCACUUCCACAAAGUAACCAAUUAAAAAUGUGAAUGAACAGGCUUCUUACAACGUAGGUAAACUUGGGAAGAUAAUUCAAGGUCAGAUUGUAAAGACAGUUGUGGCUUGAAUGUGACUGAGUUUUCAUUUGGGAACUCAGCCGUCGAGCACGGGUGAAGGCCACACACCUUUCCUCCAUCACUUACAGAUCGCAGACACGGCUCUCCCAGGUCACAACCCACUCCCCCUUUGCCAUUCUUCCGAACAGGCGCUUCUGUGAAAUAGGUAGCUUCCCCACUCACGUCCUACCCCUUUCCUUUGUGCCUUUCAGGCCUCUUAAGGUUUUCCCUCCUGAAAACCUAAAAACGGGCAGGCAUCAACAAAAUGGAAAUACCCCCAUCUCUGUUGAGGUUGUAGACACACCAUUCCUGGGUUUCAUCCACAGUAACAGUUUCAUCUGCUGCUAAGGUAUCUUAGCCGCAGGCAUGCUCUGCCUCACUGUCCCUAGGACGCAACUCCAAGAACUCCCCUCUCUACCCACAGACGUCAGGACGGGCUGAUCUCUCCAGCAGCUGCGUGUGCAUAAGUAAAAAGCCCGUCCUCUGCACCGCACGGCUGUUUGGGCAGGUAGUCAGCUUGGCGAAUACAGCUCAGACUGGAUUUUAGUCCUCACUUGCCCACUCCGCUGGGCACCGAGCGUCAUGCAGAACACGAAUGGCUCAGCCACCAGGCAAGUCCAGCGCUUGUGUCUGCCUCCCGGUGGGGACUGUUCCUUAAGGAAUGUGUGGGGGUAGUGAGUGAAACUAGGGGCUGUUACACCGAAAAAGACGAGGGAGAUUUCUGUUGCUUUGGGUAGUUAGUCAGAGACUUAUUUUUUUUUCUCCACUUGGGAAAGUGUUAGACUGUCCUCUGAUAGGUGGGAUUACAAUUCUUUGUAGUUGGUUCUCAGUUACAGGUAAUCAACAUUUCUUAUAUAUAAUUCAGUACAUGAUCGUUACGCUGAUUGGUUAACUUGUAUUGAAAUUUGGAUUUUUAUAUGUGUAUAUGUGUGUACACAUAUAAAUAUUUUUUACCUUAUGAAAACCGCAGUAGCUAAUUUUCUGAUUUCCUAUUUUGUAAUGAAGUUAAGUGGGCUGGAAAAAUAUAAAAUGUUUUUUAUUCUAGAAAAUUUAUUUUGAAAGUACCUUUUUAUAAUGUUCUGAUCUCACUAUUAGAUAAUAAAAGCACAGUUAAGUGAUGGGUCUGAUUUGUAUGAACAAACAUACAAACCAACCCCUGUGGAUCAUUUCGUUACAGUAUUUCAUCCCCAUGCAUUUCUGGUUGGUGCUUUUUGGGGAGUGGAGCUUGUGGACUUCUUGACUGCAGAGGAGAAUAUUCUGAAGGUUUACCUAUCCCUGCGUGGAUUUGUACCUCCGGUGUGAAAGGAGCCUCCUGAGAUAUUCAGAGGAGGCGAACAGACUGAUUUUUUUGUUUGUUUUUUCCCUCUAUACCUCACUACUUAGUAGCAUUUUUCCUGAAAGGUUUGGCAUGACCUUUCAAGAAAGAUGACCAUGAGUCAGGUCAGAGUGUUAAGUGUCAGCAUGAAAUGUGUACACUUUGCAGCAUCAACUGUUUUUCAAGUGUUACCUAACCUCAGCUUAUGUACUUGCACAGAGUUAACUUGUGAGCAGAAUACAUAGCUAAGCUUCGGGGGAUUUUCAGAACUACAGUGCUUGUUAAGGAAUUAAGAGGGCGCCUGGAGUCGUAAAAAAAUGAGAAAGCAAAAAUUGGCUGUCUUCCUUCCCUGUGUAAAGAACUUUAGGAAAUAGCUUGUUGACAUGUAGGUAAGUGUCAUGAGAUGAGUAUGUAAUUUCUAACAAAAUUGAGAAGGUAGCAGGAUUGUGUUGGAUGUUUGUAUACUUCUUCAUCUUGGUUUUGAAGGACCUCUACUCACGAAAUUUUAUUAAUAGUACUAGUAAAAUCAUUUUAGACUUUUUAAAGAUUUUCUUUGGGGGAUCAGAAAUGAGAUGAUCUUGUUAUAUUUAUGAUAUGACAGUGAAAACUUAAAAAGAAACAACUCUAAGCAUACUCUAAUAGAUUAUAUUUUACUCACAAUUACAUUUUAUGGAUAUGAGCCCCAAACAAUUUCGUGAGCCCCCAUUAUGGGUCAAGUGCUGUCUGUUGAACUAAACUGAACACAAUGUGUUGUUAACCCUCAAAAGCUCCCGCUUUUUCUAGGACACACGAUAGAAGCCAUCCCAGAAAAUGAAGGCGUGAUGCUGCUCAGCCUUUGGAUUAAUUUUUGAAUCUGUCAGUCAACGUGAGCAAAACAUGAAACACCGCAUAACAUGUUUUAAGCAUUAUUAUAAGUCCUGCGUUAACAGUUUGUGUGUCUGCUGCUUUGUUUUUGAAACACGUCUGUAGCUAGAUACAGAAGUUGGAGUAAAUUUUGUUAAAGCAA